GCCAUCUUCGAUUCUCCGGCUACAGUGAUUUUUGAAGCCUGACCCUUUCUGACAUUUCUUGGAUGGAUUUUCUUUCUUUUUUCUACCCAGUACUAUUGGGCAUUGUGUGAAAGUGUUUUUAACUUUUAAUUUUUACAUUAUUUCAGGUUUGAAGAAAAGUUGAAAGAAUAGUUCCUACGUAUAUCCUUUGCUGGAUCCUCCAAAUAACAUUUUUACCACCUUAACUUUUAUCUUUACCCCAUUUUCUCUGUCUUCCUUCUGUGUGCAUGUGCUUUUUUCCAGACCAUUUGAGAAUAAGUUGCACCUCUAAAUCGUUGGUAUUCCCUAAAAACAAGGACAUUUUCCUCACACAACCUCAGUACAAUGAUCAAAAUCAAGAAAUUAAAAAAAAUUAACAUUGGUAUAAUACUGUUAUUAAAGUUACAGACAUCAGUCCUAUUUGGACAAUUAUCCUAAUAAUGUCAUCUAUAGCAAAAGAAAAUCCAAGAUCACACGUUACAUUUGGUUACCAUCUCUUUAGGCACCUUUCAUCCAGAGCAGUUCCUAGACUUUCUUUGAAUUUGAAUGCCCCUCGUUUUGGCUUUGUCUGAUGCUCCUUAACCUGAAGAUUGAAGUCCUGUAUCUUUGGCAAAAGUCCCACAGUCGUCGCAUUGAGUCCUUUCGAGUGCCUCCUACCAGGAGAUAUAUCAGCCACAUGAAAGCAGGAAACAAAACAGGAAUUUUAGUGUUCACCCUCCUUGGACUCUCUGAGGAUCCAGAACUGCAGCCCCUCAUCUUUGGACUGUUCCUCUCCAUGUACCUGGUUACUGUGCUUGGGAACUUGCUCAUCAUCCUAAUCAUCAGCUUUGACUCCCACCUCCACACCCCCAUGUACUUCUUCCUUUCCAACCUGUCCUUGGUUGACAUCUGUUUCAGCACCACCAUAGUCCCCAAUAUGCUGGUGAGCAUCCAGACAGAGAACAAAGCCAUUUCCUACAUGAACUGCCUCACUCAGGUGUAUUUUUCCAUGUUUUUUCCUAUCCUGGACACCCUACUCCUGACCAUGAUGGCCUAUGACCGGUAUGUGGCCAUCUGUCAGCCACUGCACUACAUGGUCAUCAUGAACCCUCGUCUCUGUGGCUUGCUAGUUUUUAUUACUUGGUUCAUUGGUGUCAUGACAUCCCUCCUCCAUAUCUCUCUGAUGAUGCAUCUGAAUUUCUGUAGAGAUCUUGAAAUUCCACUUUUCUUCUGUGAGGUGACACAGAUCCUCAAGUUGGCCUGCUCUGAUACCUUCCUGAAUAGCAUACUGUUAUACUUUAUGACUGGUGUGCUGGGUGUGUUCCCCCUUUUGGGGAUCCUAUUCUCCUACUCAAGAAUUACCUCAUCCAUAAGGAAGAUGUCCUCAUUGCAGGGAAGGCAAAAAGCAUUUGCCACCUGUGGGUCUCAUCUCGCAGUUGUUUCUUUAUUUUAUGCGACAGGCAUUGGGGUCUACUUCAGUUCUUCGAUGAUUCUCUCUUCCCAGAAAAUCUCAGUGGCCUCAGUGAUGUACACUGUGGUCACCCCUAUGCUGAACCCCUUCAUCUACAGCUUGAGAAACAAGGAUGUGCAGGGCGCCAUGGGAAGGCUUCUUAGCAGAGCAUUCUCUUGUCUGUGAUAAAUCCAUUGGUCCUGGGACUGAGAAGGUUUGUGAGUACCAGUGGCAAACACUUUUAUUCUGAAGUUCUUACACUUGAAUAUCUCAAAGGAUCUUAUUCUUUUAUCCAAUUCUUAAGAAUCUAUGAAUUUGCUCUCUCUCAGUUUUUUACACACAUUUAAACAACUAAUCUCUGAGCAAUUUCUUUGAUGACAUUUUUGUCCUAUUGGUUGUCCAAAAAUUAUGUCCUUGGUCUUAUCCCUUACCUUCACACUCGUGAGUUCUAAACUUAGAUUUAAGGCAUUUACUAUAUCUUUGUUAACUCAAAUGUUGGCCU